UAGAGAAUCAAUAAAUCUAACUAACCAGUAAUUUAUUUUCAUUUUUCUAAGAAAUACAUAGUCACAGUAUGUAUUGUAUGUACAUAUUGGCAGUGUGGUCUAUAUUUCUUAGCCUGUGCUCGGGGCCCAUGAUUUAAAAAUGUCAAUGUCAACGUCGUCAACUGUCAAAAUAAUUUUUGAAAGAAUUUUAUUGUUAUUUAUUGGUUAUGUAUUAUUAUUUACUUUAAAAAUGCAUUUAUUAGUUUAGUUCUAAAUAGAUUACUAUUGUAACAAAGUGGUUAUUAUAAUACUGUAUUUAAUUAAACACGCUUCCAAAAUGCCUACUACAUCUAUGUACUCUAUUCUAUUAAAAAAGGAAAAUGCUCACGAUGACCCUAUCUACACGUGUGCUUGGGUAAAAACAAACACAACAGGAAACCCCAAUGACAUUGCCAAAGACUUCAUAGUUACAGGAGGUUUAGAUGGUUUAGUAAAGAUAUGGUUGUUCAACAAUAACAAAUUAAAUCUGGUUCACAACUUAGUGGGUCACAGUAUGGCAGUUGUCUCCGUAGCUGUUAGCCCCGAUGGCUAUACAAUAGCUAGUUCUUCAUUAGAUUCAAGCAUAAUUAUUUGGGAUCUGGUCUCUGGUAAUAAGGUAUAUGAAGUGCAGACAGGAGCAACUGAGACAUGGAAAGUGACAUUCUCACCAAGUGGCACACAGAUAGCGUCUGGUGGUCAUACAGGGAAAAUAAUUAUUUAUAGUGUUGAAAAAGGGAAACCAGACAAAAUUUUAGACACAAGAGGAAAGUUUGCAUUGAGUGUUGCAUGGAGUGCAGACGGCAAGUAUAUAGCGAGUGGUGCCAUGGAUGGCACAGUAUCCAUUAUGGAUGUGGCUCAGGGCAAGCUGUUGCAUACCAUUGAAGCACAUACUCAGUCUGUUCGUAGUGUCGCCUUUUCACCAAAUUCACAGCUUUUAACUACCGCCUCCAAUGAUGGAAACGUGAAGAUUUAUAAUGUCGCAAGUGCAAACCCUCAAAGCAAGCUUCUUCACAACACGUGGGCGUUGUGUGCGAAUAUUUCUUCCGACGGUACACGCGUAGCCACCGCUGCCGCCGACGGCCGCGUCCGUGUCGCUCAACUGGACGGUCUGAAGGUCCUCAACGAGUUCCAUGAACAUACAGACACUGUGUGGUGUCUCCAAUUCAACGCUAGUGGUGAUAAAUUAGUUUCAGUGUCCAAAGAUAAGUGUAUAAACAUUUAUGAAUGUCCGCUACCACCGAAAAAGAGAUAGUGAACAAUGUAAUAAAGUUAAAAAACUUAUUUUUAUUGCAAUAAAAACUAUAUUGGCUAAACAUCAUUGUAUUUAUUUCAGCUAAUGAUAAUUUGUUACUUGGAGAAAAUUUACAAGAGAUGCAGUGUCUCUUGUCGUUCAUAGAAAAAUAAUCUUAAUUGCUAAAUAAAGUGCAUUAUCCUUAUAAUUUAGAUAUAUGUAGAUUGUAACUAAUAUUAUAAAUACAAAAGUUUGUUUAUUACUCUUCCGUGCCGUAUUAACUUACCCCUCAUGAUAUUUGAUAUAUACGUAGCAUUUGGGAUGAAGAACUCUAUAGAGUAGGCAGUUUUUAUCUUGGUCAUUCAUAUACCAUAUACGUGGGUGGACGAUAUUGCGAGUAGAAGCUUGUAAUUUGUAUUUUGCUCCUUAGGAUCGAUACAUACAGUCUUAAACCACAGAAAUGUGAAUAUAAGUAAUCUAGCUGUUGUAACUGGCUAAUCAGAUAUGUAUUUUAUGUUC